AGAAACAUAUAAAAAUUAUUAAUCACACUAGGGCACUCAAAUGUCUUAUUAGUCGGAACUAACCGGCAGAUUUUAGGUAAUGACAAUGAUUUUCACAAGGAAAUCACUGAAACUCCUCAAUUACCGCCUAAGAUGCCUGAAUCCAUCAGUUUCCAGCCACAAAAGAAGUGUCCAAAGCACUGCCAAUGGAGAAGCUCCCUCCGUCGAGGUAAACUUCAGUAAUGGACGUAACCUGACAUUCAGCUCUGGCCGCUUGGCGAGAUUCGCCAAUGGAAGUGCCGUGUGCCAGAUGGGUGACACCGCCGUAAUGGUCACAGCGGUGGCCAAGCCAAAGCCUUCGCCGGGUCAGGGAUUUCUGCCGCUGGUGGUGGAUUAUCGUCUGAAGAACGCCGCCUCCGGUCGCAUUCCCAUGAACUUUAUGCGCCGGGAAAUGGGUCCCUCCGAGAAGGAGAUUCUCUCUGCCCGGCUGAUCGAUCGCUCACUGCGUCCGCUCUUCUCCAAGGAUUACCGCACGGAGACACAGCUAGUUUGCAACAUGCUGGCAAUGGACGCUGUGCACAACCCCGAUAUCCUGGCCAUCAAUGCCGCGUCCAUGGCGCUGUCACUGAGUGACAUUCCCUGGAAUGGACCUAUCGGAGCUGUGCGAGUUGGCUUCUGUGAUGGCGAAGUGCUGAUCAAUCCCACCCGAAGAGAGUUGCAGUCCUCCCAAUUGGAUCUGGUCGUCUCGGCCACCAAACAGAACCUGGUGGUGAUGCUGGAAGGCAAGGGCAAUGUAGUACUGCAGCAGGACCUCCUCAAGGCCAUAAGGCAGGGCACUCGAGAGGCCCAGUCCAUUAUCCAUGAGAUCGAACGCCUCCAGAAGGCCUACGGCAGACAGAAGAGAGAACUGGAAGCGCCGCCUUCGGUGGACCCGGAACUGGAGCAGGCUGUUCGGAGCAUGUGCGAGAUGCGACUGAGAGAGAUCUUCCAGGAUGCUCAGCACGACAAGAUCUCGCGGGACAACGCGGUCAACGAGGUGCGCUCCAAUGUGAUCGACAAAGUGUGGAGCUCCUUUCCGGACACAGAGCCCUCCCAGAUCGGUGAGCAGUUCAAUCAGACCAGCAGAGCCAUCUUCCGGGAACUAAUCUUUGAGCGAGGACUGCGAUGCGACGGCAGGGACUUCGACCAGCUAAGAAACAUUUCCUGCCAGGUGGACAUGUACAAACCGCUCCAUGGAUCCGCUCUGUUUCAGCGCGGUCAGACGCAGGUCUUCUGCACGGUGAGCUUGGACUCGCCGGAGAGCGCCAUGAAACUGGACUCCCUAGCUGCUCUAGAAAGUGGCGGUCUGAAGGCCAAAAACUUUAUGUUGCACUACGAAUUUCCACCUUAUGCCACGGGAGAAGUGGGCCGGAUUGGUCCUCUGGGUCGCCGAGAACUGGGCCACGGAGCUCUGGCGGAGAGAGGACUGCUGCCCACUCUGCCGCACGAUUAUCCCUUCACUGUGAGACUCACCUCUGAGGUGUUGGAGUCAAAUGGAAGUAGUAGCAUGGCCAGCGUUUGUGGUGGUUCAUUGGCUCUCAUGGACGCUGGAGUGCCGGUCAGUGCCCCUGCAGCGGGCGUGGCCAUCGGCCUGGUCACCAAAUUCGAGAACGAAGACACCAAGCACCUGCAGGACUACCGCAUUCUCACCGACAUACUUGGUAUCGAGGAUUAUAUGGGCGAUAUGGACAUGAAGGUGGCGGGCACGAGAAAGGGCUUCACUGCCAUCCAAGCGGACCUCAAGAUCCCGGGCAUUCCGCUCAAGGUGGUCAUGGAGUCGCUGCAAAAGGCCACCGAUGCCAAGUCCAAGAUCCUAGACAUCAUGGCGGAGGCCAUCCGGGAGCCGAGGAAGUAUCGCAAGGAGAGCUGGCCUGUAAGCGAGACCAUCACCGUGGAGCCGCACCAGAGGUCUCAACUGAUUGGCCCUAGUGGACUCCACAUGAAGCGCAUCUACCUGGAGACCGGAGCUACUUUGACUGCCUCGGAUGAGAGUAAUUUCUCGGUGUUUGCACCCUCGCAAGCGGCCAUGGACGAGGCCAAAGAGAUGAUAGAGGGCUACAUGGUGAAGGAGCGAGUGCCGGACCUGGAGUUCGGCGGCAUCUACACUGCCAAGAUCACAGAGUUGCGCGACACGGGCGUCAUGGUCGUGCUGUACCCGAGCAUGCCACCAGCACUGCUGCACAACUCGCAGCUAGAUCAACGUAAGAUCGCACAUCCCUCGGCGCUGAACCUAGAGGUGGGUCAGGAGAUUCAGGUUAAGUACUUUGGUCGUGAUCCCGUCUCUGGUUUCAUGCGACUUUCGCGGAAGGUCCUUCAAGGACCCGCUUUGGGCAUAACCCGUUCCCUCAACAAAUCCGCCGGAGAGAACGGAGCGUGAUUUUUGUUACGACUCCCAAUGGGAGGCACUUUUGAAAUAUGCAACUUUAUUGUAGGCCUUAUAAAUUUCGUGUUUAAAACUUGUACGUAUAUAUAAAAUAUAGAUGAAAACUCAAAUCUAA